CAUGUUUGUUUACCUUUGGCUCCUCAAUGAGAGAAUUAUUGUGUUGCACCAUAACUGUUAACAGAUGGCAUCCCUGAGUCGUGAAAAUCAGGUGGAAGCAAAUAUCUCCAGCACUGAACAGCAAGAUGGCGUCACUCUGUACAACAUUACCCUGAAUGUGGGACCUGUCCAGUGGUCUGUCAAGCAACGUUAUAAUGCCUUUGUGGAGCUUCAUGACAAAUUAGUCAGUAACCAUGGAGUCGCUCGAGACCUUCUCCCCCCGAAGAAGAUCAUUGGCAACAAGGAUCCUGCAUUUAUAGAGAAGAGAAGGGCUGAUUUAGAACUCUACUUACAGACCAUCAUCAAUUUCAUGCACCGUGCACUACCCAGAGAACUGGCAGAAUUCCUAGACUUCCAUCAGUAUGAACUGACACACCUGCUUCAGUCCCUGGCCAGGCAUUUCUUCCAUGAGGGUGAUAAACUGCUGCAUGAUGACCAGCCAGUGUACUUCACCCCUUUACAAUUGCAUGCCAUCUCCUUCCGACUCAAAAAUCCUCUCCCCACCAACAUGGCAUCAGAACAAGAGACAGAUUUCAGUCAUGUGGUUGACUUUGUUUCUCAAGUUCAACAUCUGAUCAUCAAAGGGAGCAGCCAGUCUCUCAGAACAAGUAACAUCAUCCAAAAUACCCUCCCCUACACUCUGAAUACAUUCAAGAAUGUUGAGAAGUUGACUCUGAAAAAUGCCAGUGUGUCCCAAGUGGAUCAUCUCGGAGCAGUCAGGAGAACUACCAGAUCUUUGGAAGUGAAGAGCAGUGGCAUGGUGCAGAUGUCAGAUAUACUACUGUGUGAUGCUGUGUAUAAGGAAAGUGUUGAAGGCACUGAUCCUCACAAAUGGAUGCUGCUUACUGAUGUUGAUGUCAGUAGCAACCACAUUGCCCAUAUUGAUGACUCAGUUGCUCUAGCACCUAAUAUUGAGAAGUUGAACUUAAGUUGCAAUAAGUUGUCAUCUGUGGAGAAUCUGACUUUACUUCCUCAUUUAGUAUCUCUUAAUCUUUCUAAUAAUCUCUUCACCACCUUGGAGGAUAUGCACACGAAGCUUGGCAAUGUGGUUGAUCUAGAUCUAUCACAGAAUAAUUUAGCUUCUCUUAAAGGCUUAAGUAGACUUUAUUCUCUGGCAUCACUCAAUGUUUCAACCAACACCAUAUGGGAGAUCUCAGAGGUGAGUCAUAUAUCUCGUCUCCCUUGCCUAGAGACUCUCAUUAUCACAGGUAAUCCUGUUGCAACGAUAGUGGAUUAUCGCACUAAAGUACUUGAACUGUUUGGUCAGAGGGCAUCAGAGAUAUGUCUAGACAAUGAACGGCCGACUCAGAGAGAGUUGGAAUUUGUUGCUGUCCUUCAGGCCAUCAGGGCAUCAAAAGAGGGACGACUGCCCACCCUCAGUAUAUCUAGUCCACUUCCUAUCUCUACCACCACCAUAUCUUUUGACCGCCCUGAUAUGGCCACAGCUGUCAGUGAAUCUUCCAAUAAUAAAUAACACAUAGGAAUGCUUAAUAUCCUUUUUACAGAAAUGAUCCUUUAUGAUCUUAAACUAUUUAUCAAAGAAUGAGAAACUGUCAUUCCAAAUUUUUCUUAGAAAUGUUAUUGCAUGCACUUCAUAUAAAUUUAUAUUUAUAGCUUAAUAAUCCUUCAGUUUAUUUACUAUUGAUUAAAGUUCAGUUACAGAAGCAGUAAUGUUAUGACACAAUCAUUCAUAAGAUUUUCAAUUUUGGUUAAAUUUCUAAUUUUCCUAAGGUUUCCUAAACAAAGUGAAAUUUAUAUAAGGUAUUAUGACAAGUUUAAAUGGAGUUGUACUAGGAAUAGUUGAGUGACGUGUCUAUGGUGGAUGUUUACCUAGUCAACUGAGUUUUUGUAGUACCUCCUUCCCACUACUCUAGCUGGCCUUCAGUAGGUGAGCAGCUUGGCAGAUGGCACCAUGCUAGAAAUGGAGUAUUGGUUGACUUGAUAUCAGGUGUACUAGCUGAGUCAACAACCAAGCAGCUCACAUACCUCCCCUUCUAAAUUGGCUUUGUGAUUCUUCGGCUGAAACCAAAGGAAAAUGAUGGACUUGUCUGUAAGUUGAAGAUGGUGACCUGUAGUAGCAGUGAGAGGCACUGGCUGGGUAUCCAGGCUCUCAUUAGACCUCCAUGUGCAGAGGGCAGACUUUGCUUCUAAUUUUCUCUUCCUAUGGUGAUGGUUGUGACUAGGAAGACAGUCACAAGAUAAAUUUCCAUCUAAUAUAUGUCAUCAAGACAAUGUCAUACUUUCAUAAUUGAUUAGUGUAGUAACACAGGUCGCUUGAUUGUGAGCUCAGCUAGAACACAAUAUUACAGGGUCCAUACACCAUUUUUACACAACUCUUUCAUUGAACAUGCCAGAUACCUUUACUAAACCCCAAAAAUUAUGGUUCUCUGGUAAAGGUAAACUCUGCCAGGGGGUGAUUUAGCAGUAUGAGUCUCACAGGUCAUUUGUUUCCACCUCUCAGUUAAAUAAUGAUAUUUUGUGCUUUAAUCCUUCAUUUAUAUGAAAGAAUAAUUGAUGCAGGUAACUGGUUGUAACAUAAGACUAAUACUAGACAGUUGGAUGCAUCUCAUGAGCAGAUAUUAUUGAGUGUGUUGUAAUAGAAUAUUCACCGCAGUAUUACGCUGAUUACUAGAUAUGUAGAUUAUAGUUUACCAUACUUGAAAUAAUUCUCAUUGCUUGUCUGUGCUGAAAGAUCUGCUUCCUGCAGUCUACCUUUAUAGAGCCCCUUUUUACCCUUCGUAGCUUGACUUACUCUUUGUUAAUUAGCUGUGAUGAUUUCAGUACAUCGGGAGCUAAUGAGUACGUAUUUUUAAUCAAAAUGAAAAUUGCCUGUUGUUUGCAUUAUCUGUUUAUUCUGUUGAAGAAUUGUUGAUGUUUCACAAAUGAGAGUUCUCUUUGUUUAAUACAGUACAGUAUGUCCAAAAGACGUUUGUGGAAGAUACAUUUGAAUACCGUAUGCUGUUGCAAUUAUGAAAAAGUUAGGAAAUUAUAUCUUCACAAAUGUUUAUACUUAAUAGACAAAAUCCUCCCCUCACUCUGCUCAUAUUUCUUGGAAUAUGUUCACGGUUUUCCUCCCACAACACACAGGAUGUAUACUUAAUUUCUCUUAUAGAGGACCAUUCCUCUAUCUCAUGGUUGGUCUUACUUCACUCCUGCUAACCAUGUAAACUCUUUAAAAAUUCCAGGAUCCAUUCUUUUGUUCCACCUCAGAAUUAUCACCUCUUUAGCAAUUACUAUCUCUCAUUUCUUUAUCACUCUUAUAUUUGUUCUUCCUAUUUUGGGUUAUGAAACUUUUGGCUCUCAACAGUACAAAUCAGUUGCUUGUAACCAUCUAAACAUCACCCAAUCCACAUCCUUGCUUUAUUUGUGUUAAUCUUUGCCUUCCAGUCACCAUACCACACCUGCAGGUCUUUGUCAACCCCUGUCACCCUAGGAAGGGGCACAGGAUUGGGUUCUUUCUGUCCUUGUAUCUGUCUGUGUGACCACCAUUGGUGAACAUGAUGACUUGAACAAUAUAGGAUUGGGUUUUAACCAAAAAGUUAAUAUGUUUAUACUAGUAGAUCAAUCAAAUUCAUGGGAUAAUGUUCCUACAAAUUGUAUAUUAGUUGUGUCUGGUUAAAGUGGGGUUACAUUCCAAGGUCCUUAAAUAUUACCCUAGAUUUCUGUACUCCCUUUAGUAAUUGCUGUUUCCACCAUAUAGUCAAUGUAUUCAUGGGCUUUGACUUAAGUGGCCAAAGGUUAAUUUUCUGUUCCUGAUAGACUGGUGCAGUGAAGCUGGUACAGUAUGUGUGCAUGCACUGUCAAUAGUACAACAGGGAAUGUCAGUUAUCAUAGCAAUAGAGCAUUUAAUCUCUCAUUGCUCUGGCUGGGUUUUUUAUUCUGGAUUGGAUGUGAAAAGAUAUUGCCUAGUGUGACUAUUAAAUAUCACUUGUUUUCUCUGGGCACUCUAGUUUCCUUCUAAACUAACACUGGACCAAGCCACCAGCUUUUAUCCCCCAACAUCAAGGGGGGAAAAACCCAUUCUGUUAUAAGGUUGCUGUAAUGUCAUUUACCAGACAAUCAGGCAUAGCGCUUUGAGUCUUGCACUGCCAAAUAGAAGCAUCUCACAAAUUCUAGCUAAGUAUUGCCAAACCACUAUUUCGUGGCCUUUCCUAAGUUAAGUCUUGACAUCAUUUGAUUAUUCCUGUAUAUAAGUGUGUUCACUGUGUGUAUUAUGUUUGGUGUAAUUUAUGUUUGAUUUAUAUUUUAUGUUAAGUAAACACAUGUGAAAACUUGUGGUGUUAAAGUGGGUGAGGUGAAGGUGUGCUGUGUACUCAUACAUGUGACUGAUGGCUUGGGAAGAAGGCAGAUGGUUGGCAGGCAGUGGUGGAGCUGAUCCUAAUUUUUUCUUAUGUCUUUAAUAAAUGAAGGUUCACAAGGUCUCCAGGAAUUGAACACAAAAAAUUUACUUAUACUCAAUUAUACACUGAACUAUAAAUAUUGUACAACUUAUUCAUUGACCACCUCUUCCACCACUUGAGUGGAGUUAUAGUAUAUUAUUUUCUUCAUGUUAUACAUAUUCAUACUGUAUCAUAAUUAGAUUUCAUAUUUCAGUAAUAAUCAUAAUGUUAUGAUUUAGUUCUCCAUUUGAAUGUAUGUAAGUUUUUGUCCACUUGUGUGUUCAUGUGUGUGUAUGUGUACAUUUCUGUGCAUGGUAUAUCUUUUUACUGUAAUAAUUGGCUUCCUUGGCCCUUCCACGCUGUCCUCUGACCCAACUUCUCACCUUUUAACCCGUAAGGUCUGUGGUAUACGAGUACAUGUAUGUUACUAACACAUCCGUAGUAUUCAUUUUCUUACUUUCUUUUAUAUUGGAAAAUGACUUAUUUUGAUGAGAGAAAUCCCUAUCUAUCUGCUCUUGCUUAUGAUCAGAGUUAGAGAGGUGCCACUGUACUGUACAGCAUGCCCUGAUAAUUCGCUGAUGACACCCUGGAUGUACCCAAGAAUGUUUAAGAAUGGUUUUAAAGUUACUGUACUGGCAUUUUUGCAGCCGAGACAGGGAACCAUUCGUUCUAGAGACAGUACUUUUUUUUACCUGUUUUGUAUGUGUGUGUAUGGGAGUGUGUGUGUGUACAUACACACACA